UUUUUUUAUGAUGCAAUGAUUUGAUCUAGACUGCUUUUGUGAUUUAACAUUAUAAUGGAAUUUGGUUGUGAUAUCAAAUCUUUGCUGUUCAAUGUUGUUCUGGAUUGAUUUAAGGGUAUCUAGUCUUUAACCCUAUUGUUUUCAGUCUCAUGUAAGUUUGUCUGUGGGGUUUGACUUUCUGAUGCGCUCCUGGCUGCAUAUAUAAGACUAGCCUUUGCUGUUGUUGGGCAUGCGAGCACACAUACACACACACACACACACACACACACACACACACACACACACACACACACACACACACACACACACACACACACACACACCAUUGACCCCAGUAUUACAGGCAUAAUUUUAAUGUGUGAGGUGAUAGAUCAAAUUGCUGUGAGCAAUGUGUGUAGAUGAAAUUGGGACUUUUGUUUGUUUCUUCUAAUUAAGUUACUCGACAGACAAGCGCAAAGUAAGGCUCAGCAUGGGUCCAAGUGGCUCCCAGUCCAUUUCUCUCUACUAAAAAAUUAAUUCUCUGCCUAGCAGUUAGCAAUUUAGCCCUUUAUGUGGUUUGGGCCUAGAAGACAGAAACAUUCAUCUUUGUGUACAGUAUUGAUCUUCAUGCUCUUGUUGUAAGGCAAAGCUGUCAAUACUUGUAUACCAGCAGCAAGCUGUACAAGACAACGCGCCAUAAGAUUAAUUACUAAGCUUACCUACAACUAACAAAUUAAAUACUAAAACAUCAUAAUUGGUGUCAAGUGAUGGAGUUAGAGCAAGUCUAAUGGUUUGUUGACUUGUAGAAUUUGAGUGACUGUAGGACAUGUUGUAGUGAGUACAGUACACAAUGAAUGAAGUGUGUAGACACGUGAAAAACCUAUGACUGUAUAAUUGUACACGUACACACAAGUGUCCGUGAUACGUAUACAUUUGCAGGUGUGAGCUCAGAUACACCUGAACUGACUUCCAAAACAGUUCACAAACGAAAAGAAAAACAAAAGGCAAAGAUGUCCUAUUCAUGUGCAGCAGUUUGCAACGUCAACUUGUAGUACGACCAAACAAUCAGCCACAAUUGUAAAUCUAAUUAUUAGACCUCUGACGUACUUGAUUGGUGUGCCAACUAGUGGGCGGUCGCAGGUGUCCUAAAUAGGGCACGCCCACUUUCGUUUUUCAUUACAAGAGUUGUUGAUGCUGUUUUCCUUAGUGAAAUCGUGAGACAACUAUCUGGAUACACACGAUAGGUUGAUACCAACUUUUUCAAAUAUGAUUUCAUGCUCUACCAUCCGUGUGUUAGGCUAGUUAGUCUGGGUUCACCGGAAGUGACUAAUCAAAUUUGUCGUGGUCAUUGUGUGUUCGUGCUUCGACGUGAUAGCGUCACACUCUGUACAGCACAUUAUCUCAGAAUUGCACACGUUCGUUCAUACCUCCACCAGCUAUUGCAAGAGUGCGACGCUGUUCUAACGUCGAGCAUGUGCAAGAAAGUGAUCUGUGAGAGCUGCUCAAAGUUUACAUGGGCAGGUUGUGGUCGCCACGUCGAGCAAGUAAUGAACGCAAUUCCUCUCGAUCAGAGGUGUCAGUGUGCUGGAAAGGAGGUUGCUGUCGUGCACAGCUAUGGACUCGUCAAGACAGUCGACUGAUGAGUAAAUAAAUAUUAGUUUCUGCGAAGUUACUGUGAAAGACGUGAAUUUAGUACAUGUAGAAAUUUAGCUAUUCUACUACUUUGUGUUAUUUAUUAUUGGAGUACUUGUACAUACCACUAAACUCGCCUACUCUAGAGUUGUUCUGGACAUCCGGGGUUUCCCGUUGCCCCGACGCCGCGUGAUUACAGUGUAGCUAAUCCUUCUGCUGCUGUUUCAGCGGCGUCAGCGGCGUCGAAAGAACACUAAGGAUUCCAAGCGUGUGAGAUAAUAAGGCAAAGCAUCGUCUGCUUUGCACUUACUUACUAGGAGCCCGCAGGGUCCUCAAACCGAGCGAGGAAUGACGUCUUGUCAUACAAGUACAGACUCUUUGCAGAGAGUUAGAGAGGAACUGGAGACAGAAUUUGUAAAUGAAACAAACCACAGUGACCACUCAAAGUCUAUGAGCAACAGCCAUGUUUAUUAUGAUGAACGGAAGAAUGUCGACAAAAGUGAACAUAGUCAAUCUACAUCACUGUCUAAUUCUGUGGAAAGUCAUGGACAUGUUCAAAGCCAACAAGUCAGCAAAUCAAGUGUCAGUGCAAUCUCUUCUAGUACUCGACUAUUAACAGUGAGAGCUAGAAAAAGAAGCACAGCUGCAGCAUCUGGAAAACUGCUAGAACAAAUGCGAUCGUCUGCCACAAACUACAGGUCUAGUGGUGGUGCCAGUGCACAAGAAGUAUGGACAUGGAUUCGAAACAGGUCAAAAUCAAGAGCUACAGUGCAGAAUUUUGAUAGGAAGCUACCACAAAGGCCUUUGGCUUUGGGUUCAGUAAACAGCAACAUGACCAGUAAGAAAGAACGUCAUCAUCCAGUUGCCCCCAGAACUGGCAGAGACACACUUUGCUUACUGCAUUUGAUGUACAGAACAUCAGAGCAUAACAGGCAUGCUGCAGAACAGUUACUAAGACAAAAUGGUCUUCCAUCUUUUGCUCAACCACAAGUAUAUAACCAGUAUAAUACAUUAUUCACUGCCACAUCAAGCAGCACAUCCGGACAGAGCACUACAAGAGAAAGGUUGAAACUGAAGACAGGUAUAAGAGCGGAGACAUCAGAACUUUCAACAGCACAAAGUAUCCUCACCAGAACUACUAGAACACCGUGUGAUGAGAAAUGUUCUCAUUCACAAGGUGAUGAUCAUCAUUACACCCUUCCCUUUAUUACAAGCAGUGCCAAGCAUCGUGCGCAUUUACUACACAAGUCAGCGGUUGCGCCACGAGGUACAGGUCCAUUUUCAAGUGGCCAGCCGACUAUGUGGAGGAUGCCACAAUUGGAAUAACGUGCUCAGCACUGACGCAAACAAGAUGAUUCUGACUUUUUCCAAUAAAAUUAUUUUAUAGAAAGG